AUGUAUCUCACGGCAAUCAGCAGGCCUUUGUUGGCAUGCUCGCUUGCUGUAGCGCUGGAUCUCGUCGCAGCCAUACCGGAGCUCGCUUUUCCGCUCAAUUCUCAAAUCCUGCCAGUUGCGUACGUGGCGGAGCCCUACAGUUUUGCAUUUUCCGCCAACACUUUUACCUCGAGCGCUCCGCAGAUCUCCUACACAAUCACACAAGGUCCAACGUGGCUUGACCUUGAGAGUGCUUCUCGCCAGUUCUCGGGAGUCCCUAGCCGAAGCGACCUGGGCACCACGACUUUGCAACUGGUCGCAUCAGAUUCGACAGGACAGUCGUCAGCGAGCGUCACAUUUAUUGUGCUUGAAUCUCCCACCUUGAAGCUUAAAGCACCUCUUUUGCCUCAACUAGAGAAAAGCGGCGUCGUCUCUCCGCCUAACUCAUUGCUUGCCCAUCCGCAGCAGCCAUUUCAUCUUGCCUUCGAAAAAGAUAGCUUUAACGGCGCUACAUUUGGUACAAGAUACUAUGCAGUCUCGGCGGACAGCAGCCCCCUGCCCCCGUGGGUGCAGUUUGACGAAUCCCAACUCGCGUUCUCGGGCACAACCCCUGCGUUGGUGUCCCCUCUGGCUGGACCCGAGGCGUACGGCCUAAGACUCGUUGCUUCAAACGUACCUGGAUUUGCGGAAUUGAGCAUUGACUUUGAAAUUAUCAUUAGCCGUGGGCUCCUGGCAUUUUCAACUGCUUUUCAACAUAUCCGCAUUUCCACUGGUGUACGAUUUGAAUCUGUGCCGCUGCGUCCCUUGAUCACACUUGAUGGGAAACCUGUCAGGGACGAUCAAAUUGUCAGUAUAGACGCGAAUGUUCCGGCGUGGGUCGAUUUGGACAGAAAACAAAUGUCCCUGAGCGGUGCCCCUGAUGUUUCUGUCAGCGCUACUAUCACCAUCACCGUCACCGUCACAGAUAUCUAUGAUAAUGUUGCCAAUGCGACCAUCUUUCUCGAAAGUACUGGAGCUUCAAGUGUAUCUCUCGGAACCAUAGGCAUCGUGAACAUUACAGCCGGCGAAUACUUCUCAUACACUUUGAUCGUACCCACCUUCUCUCCUUCGAUUCAAGACAUGCCUGAUUUAGGCAACGCAUCUGUCUGGCUUGACUUUGACGCUCAGACCUGGACUCUGUCGGGAUUAGUGCCCGCAGAUCUAUCUCCCCAGACACUAUAUAUUACCCUCACAUUUGCAAACACAACAUUUAAUGCUACGGGAGAUGUGAUUUUGCAUGUACUUCAGAAAGCCUUCGUUACUGCAACAACACCAACGCAUACCACGGAGACAUCAAUUGUUCCGGGAGCUAGCGACACAAACAAAGGGUCUGAAUCAGCAAUGAGGUCUUUGAAUGGGGACGCAGCGAACAGACGUGUGCUGCACAUCGUGCUCGCCGUUGUCUUUUCUGUUGUUGGAGCCUUGCUUGCGGCCCUUGUGGUUCUGUGUUGGCUCAGGAGACGUAAGAAAAACGAGACUGGUGAGACUUCUUUCGAAGGAGGCUCUGAUCUUGUCAAUGGUUACUCACAUGAGCAACCGAAUCAACUGCCACCAGCUAUGGAAACGUCUAACCACCUCGCCAAUGCCCAGGGUCCCGCCGCUCCUAGACCGCUGAGAAUGGUUCAUGCAUGGUCAAACGAUUCCUUGCAGAACUCAAGGCAGAGAUUAUCGGGCACAAGGCGUCUAGAUCCCCUUUCGCAGCAUCGCACUUCACAAGUGUUCACCCCGGAUCGAGUGCCGGUCGUUCACCCUGAAGCUGCUGAGGAACUUGACAAGACGGUGGAUUCAGCAUUUGAAGCUUCGCCUGUCAACACGAGGCUGUCGUCCCCUAGACAUGCAACCAUACCGAGCAGAUUCUCGGCAACAGAUCUUGAGAUUCAGGAGAGGAAUUUGCCAAAGAGUCCCCGCCUAAAUGCGAUGCCGUGCGUGGUCGGCUUGCCGGACAGGAGGAGCGGUGCUGGGCAUGGGGCCGGUAUCCUUAUCCCUCCUGAUAUUGAUCAGACGUCUUGGCGGAAUACUUGGACAUCUAACUCAUUGAGUGACUGCAGGAGGACUACAUUGGUGUUGGACUCAUUCCCUGCACCUCCCGUGGACGGAUCGACCACGGGAGGAACUGGGUCUAAGAGUAAGAAAUCGGUUCCCGUACUCCGAAUUGUUCCAGAAGAUACCAGUCAACCUCUAUCCUUUGAGGAGCUGCGUCAGAAAUGGCAUACGGAACGUGCACGGGCUAAAUUAGAAGGGUCUGCAAGGUUUUCAAAUGCAGGCUCGGCGCGGAUGAUGGCCUCACCGCGAACUAUGUGGUGUUCUAGAAACGCUGCAGCGCGUACGGACCGAGAUCCGCCAACAUCACCAUCAAGGGCGAAAGAAUCCAAAAUCGUGGGCAUCCAAGCAUCUCGCGAGCAUUCAUGGUCAAGAUGGUCUGGCGUUGGGCCGGGCGCUCUGGAAUCCGCAAGAUUAGGCAGUGUUUUACGCUCUUACACGGGGCAUUCGCCCACGUUGAAGACAAAGACUAGCAUCGCGAGCAGCGGACAGUUUGAAUCAGUCGCUUCCUCAGACAGCCACUUGGAGGACGAGAAUACGCCCGUCGAAGAGACAGCAGCAGGGCCCAGACAGUGGCAGGCUGACAACAACUCGCAAUCUUUACCACCGAUACCAGUCAACAUCCUUUCACAUUCACAAGAAAAUGUAAGGAACAACGAUUUCGAUGCCGAUGCGAGGCAUCGAGCGUGGCUGGCAGACGGCCGCAAACACAUAAGCGGUGAAACAUCUGAUAGCGGCGCCGAUGACUGUAUUUACUAUGGCCUCUCGGCAAUGCAAGGAUGGCGUAUAAGUAUGGAAGAUGCACAUGCCGCCGUCCUCGACCUACAGCCCGACGAAAGCGGCAAAUCCAGACAGCCAUCGGCACCAGAUAAACGGUUAUCGUAUUUUGGUGUCUACGACGGGCAUGGUGGGGAAAAAGUCGCGCAGUUCGCAGGAGAGAAUAUCCACAAGAUUGUCGCAAAACAAGACUCGUUCGCCAAAGGAGAUAUUGAACAAGCCUUGAAGGAUGGCUUCCUCGCCACCGAUCGAGCAAUCCUAAAUGAUGCCCGUUACGAAGAUGAGGUGUCCGGAUGUACCGCGUCCGUUGGCAUCAUAUCAAAAGACAAGAUAUGGGUGGCCAAUGCUGGAGAUUCUCGCACGGUCCUCGGCGUCAAAGGGAGGGCGAAGCCGCUGUCCUUCGACCACAAACCCCAGAACGAAGGCGAGAAAGCCCGUAUAAGUGCAGCCGGAGGCUUUGUGGACUUUGGUCGAGUCAACGGCAAUCUCGCUUUGUCACGUGCCAUUGGCGACUUUGAGUUCAAGAAAAGCGCCGAUCUUUCUCCCGAGCAACAGAUUGUCACAGCCUUCCCGGACGUGAUUACACACGAAAUCUCGUCUGACGACGAGUUUCUAGUGAUUGCUUGCGAUGGUAUAUGGGACUGCCAAUCUUCGCAAGCGGUGAUCGAGUUUGUGCGGAGAGGUAUUGCUGCCAAGCAAGAGUUACAUCGCAUUUGUGAGAACAUGAUGGACAAUUGCCUCGCGUCCAACAGUGAGACCGGAGGCGUUGGCUGUGACAACAUGACGAUGAUUGUCAUCGGUCUGUUGAACGGCAAAAGCAAAGAAGAGUGGUAUGAGAUGAUUUCUAAACGAGUGGCAGACGGCGAUGGACCAUCUGAAUUCCGCGGACCGGGCGUCCGACAUCAGUUUGAUCACGACAGCCCAGACGAGUACGAGCUUGAUUUGGACCAUCGACAGAGAGCGUUUGGAGGCCGGAGUGGCAGGAUCAUUUUGCUCGGGGAUGGGACAGAGGUCCUGACAGAUUCGGACGACACGGAUAUGUUCGAUCAAAGCGAUGAAGACAAAGAUGCGGCGAACCAGGUCAAGAAGGGCACUCCAGACACAUCAGACAUCGAGUCUGCGCGGAGUGAACGAGAAGGUACCCCGGCUCCACAAUCGGCUGGCGAUGAAUCGAAAGCGUCAAGUCACCAUGAUGCCUCGCAGAGCAAAGACACCGAGAUCAGAGGAACAGCAGAUGAUACGACACAGAAGACGGCUGCCUGA